GUCUAUUGUAAAGUCAAUUAAAUUCUAAUGAAAAGAAGAAAAGGAAGAUCAGUGAAUAUUAAUAACUUUUAUUAUUUAAAAUUUACUACAUUUGAGUGACACCGGGUGAAAAUUGCGGGCUGAAUUGUACACGGAGUUUGAUGUUCUUGUUGUUUUCAUGUUAAAAAAUCCUAUAAAAGUACCUUUAUAUGUGCCACUGAUGAGGUAACCCCCUUAAAUGCUAUCCCGCUGCUGCACACAUUCAACCACGACUUGGUGAAAACAAAUCAAUCUGUAACUUAUCUAUCGACCAACACUCGGGCUGCGGUACCAACUAAGCGUAAAUCAGAUAUGUAAUUCGAUUGAAGUUGCCACUGAAGCGGAAAAAUGAACCAGAUGGGAUUGUGCAUCAUGAAAUAAGGACAUCAGUGGCAUCCGUUGUCAGUACCGCUCAGAAUGUCACCACAAGUAAAAGCCAUUUCAAUGGAGCAGCUGGAUCAGGAAUUUCAGAGCAUUUUAGAGUCCAUCGCAAAGCUAAAUUUGACAAAGUCCGAGAUUUACAAAGCACUAUCUCCUGUGAGAUGGCAGUUGUUUCUGAAUACGUGGAUUAAGAAAAUAAAGUUAGCAAUAUUACUCUUGGUUUGUACGUUGGCCAUUUACUCCAUCCCUUUGGUGAACUGGAAUGCUUCCGCAAUUGGGAGACUUGCAAUGGUCCAGAUUCUGCCAUAUUGGGACUGGCGACCACUUUACAAGGACAGGUGCUUGAUUAAAAGUUUUAUAUCUAAAGCUGGUUAUCAAGAAUCUUCAUAUUAUAAUAAUGAACCACUGGCUGAUGACUGUUCUGUUUGUGAAAAUAUUGGAUCUAUUUUCAAAAUGGAAAAUGUGUCGUUCGAUCAUUUAAAUGAGCGUCAUUUACAGAGAAGUUUACCCGUUGUGAUAUCGGAUUCUCACCUCAAAUGGAAGGAUAGAUCGCGUACGAAUCUAACACAGUUUUUCGAAGAAAUCGAACCAUUGCUGCUUUCCAGUCCCUGUAAUGUGCAAACAAAUCUAAUAUUUAAUCCACGAGCAUCAGUGAAAUUAAACAACGCGUUGACUAGCCUAUUCGACAUACUCAACAAAUCGGGACGGAAUGAAUCUUGGUUUCUGCAUUUCAGAAAUUGUGAGCUGAAAACGGUCAAGCAGACUAGACUCCUUUUUGAAAGACCAUACUUUUACGAUUCGCACCUGGAAAUGCCAUACACUACCUGGGUCCUGUUAUCGAAAAAUUAUAAAGUUGAAAUGCCGAAAAUGCUAAAGCUUGAAGGACUCAUUAUCAUUAUGCAGUUGAAGCUGUCACUACAAAUUAUUUUAGCACCGAAAGGACCAUGUCAUCGAAUCUGUAAGGAACUGGAGGUGGAACUGCACGAGGGCCAGUCGUUGGUUUUUUUGACGAAUUUAUGGACGUUUGAAUACUUACCGUCUGCUAGGAAUGAAACCUCGAUUACAUUCAUAUCCGAAACGUUGUAUAAAUAAGUAAACAAUUCAUUCUGUGUUCUUUUUAUUUAUUUAUCUCCAAAUUGCAGAUUAAAUCAAUUAUUUAUGAAUUA